AUGCAGCGGGGCCAAAAGCAACAUACCGACUUUCAAGGCCUUAAAUCUCGGCUUUUUCUAAUGAUUGAUUUCUUGGCCGAUGCUGAAGCCUUUUUUUUAAACCCCGAUUCAUACUCGAAGGGGUUGCAAGAGCUUUGUCCAGUCGCAGGACUACUAGAACCAGAUGAUGGUAUCUACUCUGCCCCAUGCGAUACCGCGGAGAAUCAAUGGGAUGAAUUCGAGUACCCGUUCUGCAGCGGCCAUUCCACGCCAUAUGCAUACAGAAUGGCAAAUCAUGGAACCCUACCGCAGUAUCCGGAUUUCUUUGAAAUGCAACCCGAAACAAACAGUUGCAGCCACCAGGCGAAUAGAAACCUCCCUGGGAUAGCGGAAAUCUUAAACGCGGAGCAACAGCAUUGGGAAGGGCAAAGUAAUACCUGUCAGCACAAUAUGGUUCUAGAAGGAGCUGGCACACCCUUCUGUCUAUCAAACCCCGCGCCCGUUGUAGAAAGGACCGUAUACCCACCAAACGAAAUACCAAUGCUCCAAAGCGAGCGGUUCAGGCAAACUUUGGAAAUCAGCGACAACCCUAGUUUUGUAAAGGGCUCCUGUGAAAUAGUCUUUGGGACAGAGCCGCCUGGAAGACUUCCCCCUGGUCCGCAGAUCAAAUUAGAGCAGCAAGACUUUGUGCAGGGACAGGUGUACAACAACGGCCCCCAAAACUACCAAAGAUUCUCUGUCAAUAGGGCUCAAGGACCGCAAUAUCAAAAACGGGUAUCAGAACUCCGGUCAAACGAAGCAACCGUUCCGACACCAAUGCCGAUACAGUUCCACUGUUCAACGGCCUGUAACUGCGCUAACCCUCAUCGCUACCCAUCACAAACCUAA